AUGUACAUCUCCAGAGUCGGGCGACACCGGCAGGUGGUCCGGCGGGUAGGUCUGCAGUUCGCUCAAGUAAAACAGCUUUCAUACACCGCUGUCCAAUCCCAACCGCAACCACGGCGCUCAACUCUCUCAUCAGUAUGGGUACCUACCGGCCUGGUCUCUGAGACUCAGGAUGAAUCUGGCCACGGGAAGUUGGUCCGAGCAGGAUUUUUGCGGCAAGCCCAAUCGGGAAUCUUUCAUAUGCUGCCUCUUGGUCUACGGGUUCAAGAGAAGAUUGAGCGAUUGCUGGACGAGGAGAUGCAGUCAAUUGGGGCUUCAAAAGUGUCUCUUUCAUCUAUCACAUCAGAGGACCUGUGGAGGAAGAGCGGUCGAUUUGAGCAAGUUGCGCCAGAGCUUUUCCGAUUUGAGGACCGAAAGCAGACUCCUUUGAUGCUUGGUCCAACUCACGAGGAGGAAAUUACAACUCUAGUCGCCAACACCUUGAAAUCUUACAAAGAUCUCCCUAUCAAGUUGUACCAGACCUCCCGAAAAUAUAGAGAUGAGAAACGCCCACGUCAUGGACUGCUACGGUCCCGCGAGUUUCUCAUGAAGGACUUGUAUACCUUUGACAUCUCCGCCGAGGCUGCCAUUGAGACAUAUCGCCAAGUUGCUGGAGCUUAUAAAGCGUUCUUUGAAAAGCUCAAAUUGCCCAUCCUGGUAGCAGAAGCUAGCUCUGGGGACAUGGGUGGUGACUCGAGCCAUGAGUAUCACCUGGCACAUCCUAUUGGAGAGGACACAGUAUUCAGCUGUGACAGUUGCGAGUAUGCUGCCAAUGAUGAGGUGGUUUCUUGCAGACCAUCUACACAGUCGAAAGUGGAUGUCAGUAAACCCUCGCAAGUUGGAGUCUGGAGAGGCAUUACCAAGGAUCGCAAGGUUUUUGUCAACGCAUGGUUCCUGAAGGCCCAGGAUGGCGCUUCGGAUCGAGAGGUCAAUCUUCAUGCUCUUAAGUCCCUUGUGCCAGACUUGGAUACGGGUAUUUCAGGCGACCUUGAACCCCUCUGGGCAGAUGCUCUCCGAACUACUGGAGAAAGUGGCUCCUCUCCCCGUCUCAUAAACUUGGUAGAUUCGAAGGUGGCGCAAUCGUUAGAGAGUUUGGCAUUACCCAAGAUACCGGAAGCACUGGGUACUCUAGCUAUAGAGGAAUCCACAGUUACCACGGACUCGGAUGGAAGCGAGCUAGAUCUAUUACGAGUCCAGGAUGGUGACGGCUGCCCACGGUGCGAGACGGGAACUCUCAAGGACCUACGCGCGCUGGAACUGGGUCAUACAUUUUAUCUUGGAACACGAUACUCGGAGCCACUGGAUGCACGUGUCGCGCUUCCCACGUCUCCCAAGAACCCCAUUCCAGUGGAGAUGGGUUGCUAUGGCCUGGGGAUCUCGCGCGUCUUCGCAUCAGUGGCAGAACAUCUGGCUGAUGAAAAGGGUCUCAACUGGCCACGCUCAAUUGCACCAUACGAAGUUGUCGUUAUCCCCACAUCCAAAGUGUCUCAAGAGACUUUAGAUUUCUACGACCUUUUGGCUAAGAGCAGUGACUCUCACUCAGGACUUGACGUGAUAUUGGAUGAUCGAAAGCAGAGCUUUGGAUGGAAGAUGCAAGAUGCGGACACCAUCGGCUAUCCUGUUUCUAUUGUCCUGGGCAGGGGUUGGACAGAGCGCCAGGCCGUAGAAGUCCAGUGCAGGAGGCUUUCAAUCAAGGAGCAGGUUGCGAUUGAGGAGGUUCCUGGCUACCUGGAGAGCAUAUUGAACAAGCUCUAA